UACUUCCGGUUUUCGGAACAACUCUGAUUUUUAUAAAGAAGGGCGAAAUUAUACACGUGUUUAUCAACAACAUGGAAAACGAUAGCACAGAUCGUAUAAAAGUAGCGGUAGAAACUUACCACAACAUACCACGAGGAAGACCAAAGUCAGGAAGACCAUGGAAAACUCUCAGGAAUGAACGGUUUUCUGCUAUCCGAACCACAAAAACGAAGAAACUCAACUGGGAUGAAAAGAUGAAAAAAAGAGCAGAGAAGAAAUCAAUAAAAAAAUUUGAGAAAGAGCUGAAGGAAAAAAGAUCAAAGGAUUUGGAGACAAAGAGAAUAAGACAAGAGGAAAUUAAAAAACGAAGACUAGAAAAUGAAAGAAAAUCGGAGGUCGUGCAGACGAUUAAAGAUACAGCCAAGAUCAAGAGAAUGAAGAAGAAACAGCUGCGAAAAAUCGAGAAGAGGUGAAGGGAAUCGCCCGAGAGAGUGUCUAUUGCUGGUCUUGAUGAAAAUGGAAUAGUAUUUUAAAAACAAGUGCUGUCAAUUCCUUAAAAAUCAUUUGCUUCACAAGUUUUCAUUUAAUGUAUCUAUACCUGUAUACAUGUUAGCGUGAGGACUGGGCAUCUUUCAGAUGUGAUACUCUGACUUGAUUUGCUCAUCUGAGCCAAUGGUUCAAGUGAGCUCUUAAGUCUCCAGUGCAAAUGAAUGUUUUAACUCACCUUAGCUAGUGAGCAUUUCUGAUGAGAGUUUGUCCAUUAUUUAUAUGUUUGAAAUGGGGAGUCACCAAAAGUUCUGAGUCCAAUCAAGAUUCAUUUCUCUGUAAGGGCUAAGUGACUCGAGAGAGCAUUGUGGUCCAUAUUGAUACUGACUUCAUUUGGGAUUGGGGAAGACAGUUUCUCCUUCUCUCUAACAGUUUUUAGUCACUAAUAUUUACAGAAAUAGUACCUUUGUAGCUUUGAUACUAGUGAUUGUGUUGAUUUUUAAUAGAUUAGACACUGCUUAUGCGUCUCUACUGGAGAAAUUGUGUCUAGGAGGUGGAAAUUUUUUUAAUGUAGAAUUUUGUUAAAUUCAGUGAUAUUUGUUGAAUUUGUGUUUGGAAUUUUUUCAAUGAAUUUUCUGAAUUCAGUGUAAUGUACAUGCAGUUUUCUUAUAGAUAUGUAAGGUUUCUGUUGAAUUUUUGUCAUUAAUAAAAUGUAUAUAAAAUUGAA